UGCCGCCAUUUUGCUGUACUCCGGCUGCGGCAGUCAGCGAAGAGGCACGGCGCUGUCCCCUCAUAACACAACUCUUAUAAUCUAGUAAAAAAAAAUCUGAAACUGGUAAUUAACACCGCAUACCUUCUUUUACACCGCAUUGUCUCCUUUUCUGGUACACCGUAGCGUUAAAACAUAAAAGCGAAUACCAUGGUAAACACAGAAUUAACAGCCGUCUUAGCAUGUAGCUAACGCUAACGAUAAGGUCGCGAGCGGCUGGUCGUUCGGGUAGGCCUCGGCUCCGUGUGAAUAACCCUGAACCCAACGUGCACACGCUUCAAAGCCGCAUUUCGUUUUGAUCCAUGUAUGUCCUCAAAAUCCGAACCCACGUAAUCGUGUGACGUUAUAUAACUGGGCUGUUUUCGAUUGUUCUGCCGAGCAGUGUCUUUUUCCGCCCGCUGUUAGGAAUCGCGUGUAGCUCGUGCCAGCUAGCGUCGGGCUACUUGUUGUUGUUCAACAGUAAGUAUGUUAUUGUUUUACUUCACUGUCUUGCUUUUUUCAAAUUCCUGACCACACGUAUCGUGAACCGACACGGGAGGGGACGUGUGGCUAACGGGUGUUUGUCAAAUUAGUAAUUUGCCUCUGAUAUAGAAUAUUAUACACGAGACUCCUGCUAAUAUUAAAAACACACGUGUGCUUGUGUAGACUUUGUGAGCCAUUGUUUUCAGAGCAGUUGUUUCAAUUUGACUUAAGAUGGACGGCAGACUUGUUUGUCAAGCGGAUCGUCGCUGUCCAACCAGGGCCUCCAUGUCAAGAGGGAAUAAGCCUCCUGACUGGUGUGGACCCAGGAACAUCUUAAAUCUAGUUGGUAUUAAUUCUGGACUAGACACUUGAGACCGAUCAAUACACAAACCUGGGUUGAUGAUGGCCACAGUGAGUCUGUUCACCGACCAGUUUUGCUCUGCGUACUGUACCUCUGUGUGGAAAAUGUCAAGAUGUCUGCAUUGUUCUCAAAUGUCUUGUCUCUUAAUAACCCUCUUUUCAGUUCCCCGGGAGUGUCUUUGGUUGGUUUAUAGGUUAAACUCGUCCUCUCGGCUCUUUGUGGGGACCCCUGGAUAUGGAUAGCUUGUCUCCCCCCACAUGAGAAUUCUUUGGCAGAAGAUUUUUUUUUCCCUUCAUCACUGAUAAUCAACAGCUGAUGAUAUCUAGAAGCUUCAGUAUCUUGCUCAUUUUCCCCUACUGCCAUCAGCAAAUGUCGCCACGCCCAAGAAGAAGCUGAGGAUUUUUUCCACCAGCCCACAAUUGUCUCCUUUUUGCUUAAGCUUUUUUUGGAUCCAAUUUUUCUUUUUUUGGCAGUUUAUGUUCCCCCCAUUUAUUUCUUUGAAUUAGUUAAAUCAAUAGAUACAAAAAAAAAAUACCCAAAGGACUCUGUUGCAUCCACCAUCAGUAAUGUUAGCACUCUGGCGGAGAUAAAGGUGUCUCAGAGAAGGGAUAUCGUAGGAAGACAAGUGUCUCUGCGCGACCCGAUCCCUUUCCCUCUUAUCUCACGGAUCAAGUGUUCCUUCAGGACUCAUGCCACCGCGGAGACACCCCACCAGCUGUGCGCUGUAGAGGGAGACCAGCUUCUCGGCCACCUCAGGGAGAGUCCUUCUGGUCCUGAAGAGAACCACCCGCUGGGUUAAACGUUUAUAACCUCAUCACCUCCGCCACGCGAGACGCACACAAGCAUCACCAUGACCAACCAUGGAGACGACUGCUACUUCUUCUACUAUUCCACCUGCUCUAAAGGAGACAGCUGCCCGUUCAGACACUGCGAGGCAGCCAUGGGCAGCGAGGCCGUCUGCAACCUCUGGCAGGAAGGACGCUGCUUUCGGACCAUCUGCAAGUUUCGCCACAUGGAAAUCACAAAAAACAGAAGGGAGAUAGCUUGUUAUUGGGAGAACCAGCCAGCUGGCUGCCAGAAGCCACACUGUGCCUUCUUCCACGAAAAGGCUCGCUACAUUGAUGGCGUCUUCGUCCCCCCCGGCAAAGGUCUGAGCAAGAACGAGGAGCAGCCCCAGGAGGAGCCAGCUCCCCCACCAACCGCCCCCCUCCCCGCUGCAGCCAAUCCCCAGCUCCGAGGGGUGAUCAAGACUGAAAGUCAGGAGCCAGUACCAAGCCCCACCCACCCGCCAGUGGUGAUUAAUCCAGCAGAUGAUGACGAGGAUGAAGAUGACCAGUUCUCUGAGGAGGGAGAGGACGGCAGGGGCGGCCCGUCUCCUAGAAAGCUUCCUAAAUCAGAUGACUCGCUGAAUUUCGGCGUGAGCACCCUGGAAGAGAUCCGGCUCAGGAAGGCCCUGAAGAGCAGCAUGAAGAGAGCUGGUUACCCCAUCCAAAGCCCUGACUCCUUGGCCAACGGAGAGAAAGAAAACAUCCAGUCAUAUUUUCGACCAUCACCCUACGAGGCCAGAGACGGCCAACUUGUCUUUGAAGAAACCAGGAGAGCGAGAGGCAAUGUGGUCGAAAGACUCGGGAGGAAGAGGCCCGGCAGCAAUGUAUAUAGUGGAGACGGUGUCCUGGUGAACAGGAGUCUGGCUGAGCGUCUGGGCAGUGUUAUGGAUGAAGAAGAGCCGUUAAUGCCCCCGCAGAAAUCUUUCAAGCCUGUUAGGGAAAGACUGGGACUCCCUGCUGCUCUCGAUGAACCCACUCACCCAGCUGAUUCUAACACGGAGGCUCAGAAAGCUCCUGAGCAAAUCCGCAUCAAAACCCUGGAGGAGAUCCGACAGGAGAAGGCGGCAAAGUCUCAGAGCCAGAACGACGGUCCCUCAGCUGCGAGUCCCGAAAGCACCAAGACCGUCACUAUCAAAGCCACCAAGGGUGUGAAGCGAGCCAUCGCUGUCAAAGAUGACCCGAUUAGCCGCGUCAAAACGUUCUCUGAGGUCCUUCGAGCCAAGAAGAAGCUGGAGGAAGAGCAGCUGGGACAGAGCCCCAGCCCCAAGAAGGCGAAGCACGCCACGGAGAAAGCCCCAGGCAAGAGCCAAGCAGAGUCCAACACAGCAGGGCCUGAUUCUGAGGCCACGAACACGGGGGUAGUGAGAGUGAAGACUCUGGAGGAGAUCCGCAGGGAGAAGGCGGCGAGGACACAGACCCAACAGGUGGCAAAGGCUGAAAAGGCUGAAAACAAGAGGAGCACCGACAACGAGGAGAACGGUGUCAAGAAGCCUGGUCGACCGCGCAUCAACAAACCUGGCUCCCAAACAGGCAGCGUCUCAACAGAGAAGAGAGGCGACGUUACAGCGAAGCCACUGAAAUCUCAAACUGCUGCUCCCGAGACCGGCUCUGCCACGAGUAACAACGUCAAGGUCAAGACCUUUGAGGAGAUCAUGCGAGAGAAGCGCCUUCGCAGACAGGAAAUGGAGGAGCAGGACAAAACCUCAGCGGAAGCCAAGCCGUCUCAGAACCAGACUACUGAUCGCAGCCCGAAGAAGAAGGCGCCUGCUGAAAAAAGUCCAGCAUCGUCAGGCUCUUCAUCACCUUCCUCCACCUCUCUGACCUCUGAUACUACCCCCUCCACUCCAAACCCCCCCGCUCGUAAACUGAUUCCCCUCAAACCCCGGGCUGCCACACCUCUGAGCCGCUCUUCUUCUCCUGGCACUACAACUGCUCUGACCUCGGCCCCCCAGGAGCAGAGCUCUCCCACACAGGGGCGAGAGUCCCACUCACAGAGCCCCAGAAGCUCCAGGGAGGUCCCGGACAAAAACACCCGGAACUCCACUGCACUGUCCCCGGCCAAGCAGCCCAGAGCGGCGCCCCGCGGCCUCAGUGCAGAGGCCCCAACUCUCGACGAAACACCGGGCAACAAUCAGAAGAAAUCCCCAGAACAGACGAGAGACACCAAAGUGAGGCCCAAACUGAACGUGAAGCCGUCCGUGGUGAAGCCUGCGGUGCAGGUGAAGCCGGGCCAGAAGAGGAGGGGAGCCGGGCGGUCUGCUGUGGCUGCGGUGAAACCUCUGAACAGCAGCUGCACUGAGGCGGACGAGUCACUGCAGGAGGCGGCGUGCAGAGAUGGACAGGUGUUGCCGUCCUCCAGCACGGAGGCUCAGCUGAGCUCCGAUGUGCCCCACAGUCCCAGCACCCCGCUGGACUCGGGCUCCGGCUCCAGCCCCCUGAGAGAGGAGCUCCAGACUGUCCCCGUCUUCCCACACAGCCCGGGCGAGGAGACCAAGCCCACCCCCAGUAUUGCUGCUUCUAGAGAGGCCUGUGCAGUCCCCCAAAGCCCAGUCCUGAAGACCCCCACUCAGCCCAAAGCACGGAGGCCGAGCGCCGUCGUGUCCCGCACCCUGUCCACCUCCAGCGCUGCUCCUUCCACCUCGGCCGUGGACGACUUUGAGGAGCUGAUGAACGAGUUCACCGACGACCACCUGGAGGACGACGUAGACCCCGGCAUGGGAGAGGACGACCUGCUGCAGGAGCUGUCAGAGAUGAUUGACAGCUGAGGGGCUUCACUAAGCACAAACUACCCCUGUCUGUCACCCACAAUUAUGUAUUUGUAUUUACAAGCAGUGACGACCACCCUUUGUGGUUCAUGGUAUCAUGUCCCGAUGAUAGUUUCACUCAUUUUAAGCUUUUAGUUUCAUGUUUUAUUCGUCUCUCACCUUCAAUGAUGUUUUCAUUUCGUUCCCACGAGCUCCUCUUGUGACCCAGGGUCUUUAUUCCGGAGGGCUUUGAUUUUCUUAAUCAUGUUUUCUUUAUGAUCAUUGUUAAAAGUCUCUUGUACAAAUUUGCGUGUAAAUAAAAAAUGCUUUUAACGACCA